CCUGUAGCCCUGCCAAUUGGAUGUCUUCUUUGAUCCUCCUGCCCUAUUAACUCUAUAGUCACUUUCUAGGAAGUGCUGGGGCUUGGAGGGGAUUCCUCAGUUUUAGACCUUUGCUGUGAUCCCGCCUUUGUUAGAAUUCAGAUCCCUGGCUCUGCACUUUCCGGACAGCUUGAAUUUAGUCCAGGAAACUACCUCUCUCCAGACCCAGAGCAGGAGCAGUAAAGCCAACACUCAGUCAGUGUCAGGCCAUGACUGAACCUGGAAAACAACUGCCUGAGGAAGUACUAGUGCUCAUCUUUUGCCACCUGCCACUCCGGGAUCGUGCCACUGCCACCAGGGUCUGCAGAACUUGGGCUGCUGCUGCCACCUGCAGCACUGUGUGGCAUGACACUUAUAUCAGUUGCAGUGGUGAGGGAGAAAGCACAUUGCCACCACAUCUGUCCACCUGCCUGAACCACAUUCACAACCUGCGGCUAGAAUUCGAGCCAUCCAGGGAGUCUAGCCGCCGGGAAGCCAUCGAGUUGCUGACUGCACUGGCGGCAGGUCGAUCCCAGGGACUGCGAGGCCUGCGCUUGGAGUGCCGCGGGGAGAAGCCGCUCUUCGACGCGGGCCGCGAUGUCCUGGACGCCGUGCACGCCACCUGCAGAACUGCCGGAGCGCUGCGCCACCUCAACCUGCGGCGCUUGCCCUUCACACUGGAUGAUGCGCUGGUGCUGCAGGUGGCACAAGGCUGCCCCGAACUCCACAGCCUCUUCCUGGACAACGAGACGCUGGUGGGCAGCGUGGGUCCCGGCUCCGUGCUGAAGCUGCUGGAGGCCUGCCCGCGCAUGGAUGCCCUCGGCCUGCAUCUGGCCAGCCUGUCUCGAGAAGCCCUGGAGGCGCUGGCGGCGCUGGGGCGACCCCCUUUGCAGCUCCUGGCUCUGCGGUGCGCGUGCCCGGAGGAUGCGCGCGCGCCCCCGCUGCCCGACGUGGCUUGGGCUGCCUUGCGCCGCCGCCACCCGGGCUUGUUGGUGGAGCUGGAGCUGGAGCCGGCUCUGUCGGCCGAGAGCGUGACUCGCGUCCUGCAGCCUUCGGUGCCCGUGGCCGCGCUGCGCCUCAGCCUCUCUGGGGACACCGUGGGGCCUGUGCGCUUCGCGGCUCGCCACUACGCCUCGACCUUGCACUUUCUCGAGGUGCGCGCCGCCGCUUCGAGUGAGCUGGACGCCGCGCUGGAGGAGCUGGCGGCGCGCUGCCCGGAGCUGCGCGAGGUGCACUGCUUCUGCGUGGUGAGACCCUCGGUGCUGCUCGCCUUCCGCGCCCACUGCCCGCGUCUGCGCAGCUACACGCUCAAGCUAACACGGGAGCCACAUCCCUGGCGGCCUACGUUGGUGCGGUGAUGGCGAGAGUCCUCCUCCCAUUCCCGGGAGGCAACCUCCCAUAGUGGGGAGGUUGCCCGGAGGCGCGCCAGCUCCUACCUUCUGAGGCCUGCUGCCUUUUGUGUCUCUCGGCAAAGGGAGUCUUUGUGCUGGCAUCUGCAUCAACCCUGAGAGCCCUGAAUCCACUCGGUGCUCUCAGUACUGUUUCCCGCGGGACUGAGACCACUUGUCCCCAACCUUACUCCACUGAGACUAGCUCUGGGACCCCGACGGGGAAGAUGGCAAAGGGGCAAACCCUACCUCCUAACAAGUGUGAAAUAAACAAACCCUGCUGUGUU